CAGAACAAUUGCAACAACUGAUGGCAACAGGCGUCACUAAUCACCGGGCAAGAUGUUGGAGCCAGCUGGUGGUCACUGAGUUGCCCAGCAUGUUGUCGGGCAUGGCAAGGACUGGAUAGGACCAGGACAACGCAACAACCCUGACUAGAAAGUAAUCAAGGAAAACUUUACCAAUAUCCAUUGAAGUUCUUAGCCAUGGCACCGUUUUCUACUUGCUCCAUUUGCAACGUUAAAACCAGAAAAGUUGUUAAGGAUCCAAUAACAUUAAAGAUGAUCUAUGUGUGUCCGGUAUGCUUUAAGGCCAGAAACCAGCAGCAAAAGCAACCCAUGGCAAGGAAAGACCAGAUUGACAAGGUCGAAGUGAAUGAACCCAAGAUGGUUAAGUCCAUAUCACAAAAUGAAGUGCCACUAGAUAAAAGGAAUGAAACGGAGCCAAUGAAAACAUCUCAAGCCAAAAGGCUUUCUCUGCAAACACAAGACAAUGCUUCUGUGGCGAGGAAAAGUGCUUUCAAAGCUCCAAUGCCGCCUCCUAUACCAAAAAUGAAAUCUCUAAUCACACCUCCGAUAAUGCAGACUGUAAUUGUCAAUGGACGUAAAUAUGUGGCCAUCAGUGAAACUGCUGACGAUUAGGCAGAAUGAACCAUGAAUUAACAAUUUAAAUUUUAUUACACACACACACACGAACAUUGACUUUUUUUUUUUUUAUACUGUAAAUGACGCAAAAUUGCAAAACUGUACAGAACUGAUAAUCAUACAUUUUGCACUUUGCACAAAACUACAAAUUUACGUAAUUAAAUCGAAACGCAUUGUAUGCAAAUUGUUUUGUGAUUUUUUUUUUUCUAUUUGAACACAUCGAAUCAGUAACACUCUGUCAAAAAAAGUAAAAAGGUUUUUAAAAGUCCUAUUAUUCGACUUUUUGAUCAACACAUUUAAAUCUAUUUCAUAAUCAUCAUUUUUCUACAUUGCUUUAUUAGCUUUACCCUUAAUGUUUUAAGUUUAAAAUUAAUAAACUCUUUAAAAAUUUGUAGUAAUGAACUGGAGUCUCUUUAGCCAAUCUUUUUUAAUUCAGUCGACUAAAAGUGUGACUGGAAAGAAGACUAAAAGAACAAGACGAGGAGUAAGUCGAGACAGAAGUCGACGAGGAAGACGAAUUUCAAAUAAACAAGGAGCUUUUCAACAUUAUUAGUAAAACGAAUUAAAUCUAAUACAUAUUUA